GUUCCCAUUCUCUCUUCAGGAUGCGUGGCAUGACGUUCUUCGACGCCCAUCGGUGUCGGACGAGGGACGGCGUCGUCACAGCCUUGCUGACUAACAAAACAGCAGCGGCGGACCGAGACAGCAGAGCGGCACCGACCGGCCACUUCACAACGGAACGGCGGAGGUGGGGCGCCUUCUGGCGCCACCUCAUGCGGAUCGACCUAGAGAACGAGGCGGAGCGGUCGUCGCUGCAGAUGGCGCCACCGGGGCUGGCGAGCGACCUCCAGCGAGCGACCUCACACUGCGCCAGCGUUAGGAGGAAAACCAGGCCCCGGAUUACCCACCUGUACUCCAUGACGAGCCGGUCGCGGGGACUGCAGGAACGACAGCAGCUCCGGACAUGUCGAACAGCUGGACCGUGAGCUAGAUCUGUGGCUCGUGUGGUGGCCGGCUGCACACGAUCAACUCCGGAAGCGCCGCUCAUGGCAGAGGCCGGCCUACCAGUCGCCCAGAUCAGGCGGAUGCUAUGCCUGGCGAGAUCGCUACCCGAAGACGACCCACUGCGAGUGAUCGCCGACCAGGAUCCCCCUCGCCGACUGAAGUCGACCACUGGAUGGGGACACCUGGGGAGAGCUGAGGCCCUCCGAGCCUGCUCCCUGGAGAACGUGCCGGUGGAGGAGCGCCUGCAGACCUGUCGAGUGCGCGGGCCGCCGUCAUGCGCCAUGUCCGGGAGCUGUCGCGACGGAGGGCAACCGCUGCCCACCCGCACCCGGACCCCACGCCUGGCCACGACUCCCUGGCGCGCUGGGGGUCGGUGACGCUGUCCCAGCUGAGGACCGGCACAUCACCGCUGACCCGCGACACGCUCUACAAGAUUGGCCUGGCAGCCGACGACGAAUGCCCCGCGUGCGGGGAGCCCGACAGCGUGACGCACCUGCUGACCGAUUGUCCAUCCUAUGAGGCGGCCCGCCGCCGCCGCUGGGGUGUCGACCCUCGCCUGGUCGACGUCCUCGGCGGCCCGGCGGCGAAGGUCGUCGACUUCAUCGAGGGUGUCGGGCGGACCGAGCCGCCGCUCGACCCGUCUGCGCCGCCGCCCCCCUGAGCGGGUUGGCGGCGGGAUGCAGGAGAAGAAGAAGGAGCGCCUGCAGGUGAUGCUCUCCCCGUGGUCUGGCCCGGGAGCAAUUAAGAUAUCCCAGACUAUGAGCGGGGCGGCUACCCGGGGCGCCCCCGCCACGAUCCGCCGCCAGACCGCCGAGAAGCACCUCACCACCCUUCCAGCAGACGCUACCUGGAUCUGGAGCGAUCGCUCAGCGGAGAGCGGCACAACGAACGGCGGCGGCGGCGCCCUCCUACUACUCAGGAACGGGGAGACCAGGGAGAUCAAGGUCGCCGCAGGACGCUUGUGCUCCAGCACCCGCGCCGAACUAUGUGCCAUCAAAGCGGCGCCUAGAGGUCAGCAGCAUGUCAGGUGCUUAGGCGGAGGGACCCGUGGUUCUAUGCACCGACUCCCAGGCGGCGCUGUCCCAGCUAGCCGGAGAUCCGGGAUCGCAAACCACUCCGAUAGGUGCAGUGAUCUGGGCCCUGCUGCUCAGCAUCUCAGCCAGAGACCAAGAGGUGAUGCUGCUGUGGGUACCAGCGCACUGCGGUCUACCCGGAAACGAGAAGGCGGAUGAGCUGGCAAAGGAAGCAUCCGGCCUCCAUCAGGAGGCGCCAGCGGAUGUCCGCACCAUCACAGGCGCCGUGGUCAGGACAGCUGCAGGGGCAUGGCGCAAGUCUGGCCGGACUCUUUCUUCCGGUGAAUCUGGGGGGACCGCAUCCGGUCUCCGGCGUGAGCAGGAGCAAGGCGGUGGAUGCUCACCAGUUGCGGGCCGGUCGCGAGGGAAUGGCCCGUCAGUAUCUUCACUGCAUCGGCCGCCUCCCGACGAACUCGUGCCCCGGGUGGCCUGAGGACAGCCCAGCGGCACGCUGCAUCGUAUGCAAAGAAGAGGCGGAUACCCCGGAGCACGUGCUGCUCCGGUGUCCAAGUCUCGCCGAUCUCCUUAUUCAGAUGCUCGGCAAGAUCCACGUAGAGCCUGUGCAGCUGCGCGACGGCGACGUCGUCGCAGGCUUAGCCCGCCACUUCAGGCGCCAUCUAGAGUCGCUGGCUGACGGGCGACCUGGACUUCGCCCGGUAGAGGGACAACAAUAACCACAACAACAACAACAGCGACCUCCAGCAGCUGGCGCCGCCCUCGGCGGAGCUCACCGCCGGCACAGAUGGCAGCACCGUCGCUCACAAGGCGCGGCUGUCCGUCGACCCUCAGUGGGCGUAUUUGAACCGACGGACCUCUGUCUCAUAUCUCUGAUUCAGAACAGUGUCGUUAUGUUCUAUGGGAUGGUUAGCGUCUGUUAAGUGUCGCUUUGCUGGUGUUAAAUCUCAUGAUGCGAUGUUACUAGGACUUGCUGUCACAGAUUCGUCGGUGACACACCUCAGCAACCCUCAAAUAGCAGUACUUGUAUCGUGGUGCGCCUCCUCUCAAGCUGUGGACGUGUUUUCUGUACCGCUCACACCUGGUCUGCAUGGCCAGAUUGUUUUAUUGCACGUUUGCUGCAUAGCUGCACCUCGUCGACUCUUUAUGCUGUAAAUGUCUCUCGUUAACUGCUGGUGAUAGGGGUAACUGAAGUCGCCCUGAAGCCGACCUCAAGGAAGGUGUUUGUACCGUCAGUUAUCGCUGCCAUGUGUGGACACUGCAGCUCUGUCGUCUUCUUAUUGUCAUCGCCGUGUCGUUGUUUGAUGGAACGUUGACACAUUCGCUUCAUAUUGGUAUAUGAAACGCUUCGUUGUUCGUCAUUCCGUAUUCGAUCUCUGAUAGUCAAUGUAAAAGUGUGGUUCUGUAUCACUCAAGGGCGUGUUUGGUGUUUUCCGUGUGUGUAUGACAGUGAUCUAUGUGAAGCGCUGAAAAACUGAUAGUAAGACUGAAUGUCGAAAGAUAAGUCGCCUUUAUCUUCGUAAAUAAAUAACUUGAUGUUGAUACCUCAGCCGUUCCACGGACCCGCGAGGCGUGGGCUAGCAGCUGGUGCGUAGAUUGAGCGCUAUGGCAAAUAAAGGGCGGAAAAGCAUG